AAGUGAAAAUGCGGAGUUAUCCGACAAAAAAACCGAUGAUAAUCCGGUGAGACCCUAUAAGAAGAUAAUUGAGAAUUAGUAUCGUGUGACACUCUUGCAAGUAUUUUUCUCUUUCAUUAUUUCUUAACUAAACGAAUCCAGUUCACCUUGAUACCAACAAACCCAAUAUAUUUCUACAUCCUCUCUAACCUUGUAACUCUUGUUGAAAUGGAUUCUAAAGAUCAACAAGGAGAAAGGAAAGCAAGUGGUGCAAAAAUAUUAGAGAGAUUGGUGAAGGGAGAAAUUGGAGAUGAGGAAUUGAAGGAGCUCAUUAGAAUUCGGUUGGAAAAGAUUUUGCAAUGGGGUUACAAACCCACUCCCCAAGACCAACUCGCUUCCAAUAUGGACUUCAUAAAAGCUUUGAAAGAGAUGAACAUGUCAGGAGACACGGAGGCUGUGAAUAUCGAGCUAUAUGAAUUACCUUCAGCUUCUGUUCAAGCUUCUCUUGGAAGCACCCUCAAACAAAGUUUUUGUUAUUUCAAAGAGGAAUCCACGACGAUAGACGAAGCAGAGAUAGCGGCAUAUGAGUUGUACUGCGAACGAGCACAAAUCAAUGACGGGCAAACUAUACUUGACAUUGGUUGCGGUUUUGGGGGUUUAGUUCUUCAUAUUGCUCAGAAAUAUAAGAACUGUCAUGUUACAGGGUUGACUAUUUCAAAUGAGCAAAGAAAUUAUAUCAUUCUGCAAGUAGAGAAGCUUAAACUAUCGAAUGUGGACGUUAUAUUAGCUGAUGUUACUGAAUUCGAAUUUAAAACUGAGAAGAAAUUUGAUCGAAUAAUACUUAUCGAAGCCAUAGAGCACAUGAAAAACAUUCAACUAUUUCUAAAGAAAAUCUCAAAAUGGAUGAAAGAUGAAGAUAGUUUUCUUUUUGUGGAACAACAUUGCCACAAGGCAUUUAAUCAUCAUUUUGAGGCACUUGAUGAGGAUGAUUGGUACACCAGUUACGUGAUCCCGAAAGGGGACCUGAUGUAUUUGUCUGCUUCGGCUCUUCUAUAUUUCCAGGAUGAUGUCUCAGUUGUGGACCAUUGGUUGUUAAGCGGAAUGCAUAUGGCACGUUCAUACGAGGAAUGGGGAAAGAAAUUUGAAAGAAAUAUGGAAGUUUCAAUAAAAUCACUAAAGUCGACUCUCGGAAGUGAAGAAGUAGUUAACCAAGUGAUUACUCUUUAUAAGACAUUUUUUAUAGGUUAUGCUAUCCAAUUCUCAUACAACAAUGGUGAAGAAUGGGUGAUUUCACAUUUUCUCUUCAAGAAAAAGUGACUCUGAUGCAGAUCAAGGGUUUUUUAGAACAAGGGUUUCUGGAUUCUGCUGGGUCCGUCUGAUAAAUAAUUUUUGUAAUAAGAGUUUGUACGGGUUUUUUUAUCCUUCUUUGUCUUACAAGUUAGGGGUUUUCCCAUUUCUAUAUAUAAGAGUUCUCAAUUUAUUGUUUUA